AUGGCUUUGUCGCAGCUUGGAGGGUUGGUUUGCCUUCUGACCCAGGCAGCUGCGUAUCCCUCCUCAAUGACUUGUGACUUUGCGUGCAUGGCCCAAUACACGGCUGGCAGCAGCUUCGGACCCAUGGGCAUCGCAACCAUAGGAAACACGACGGGUGACACCUGCAUGAUCGCCACCAACGUUCCGAGUGGCGGCUACAUGGCUGGAGGGUCGUACGCGAUCACAGUGACUUCGGUUACCGCGCUGGGACAGAAGCUGGUGUCCAACGGUGGGACAUUCGCCAGCGGCAUGGUGUCCGACAGCACGGGAAAAUCCACGUCUCUGGUUCACGAUUGGACGGCCCCAACAUCGGGGGACGUGACUUUCCGGGCGCUUUGCGGUGCCGGCGGAGACAUCGAUGAGAUGUGGGCUGCCGCGGAGGUGAUGGUCAGCCUGGACGCAAAUGCCACCAGCACAACGACAACAACCGAUCCCAAUGCCACGACUACAACCACGACCACGACCACAAUGACACCCGCCUCGACCUCGGCGGCAGUGGUUCGUCGCGGAGCACCAGCUCUGGUCCUUGCAGCUAGCUGGCUGAUGUGA